AUGGCGGAGAAGCGGCGGGGCGGGGGCGGCGCGUGGAGGAGGUGGGUUGUGAUGGAUCGUUGGGGAGGAGAGAGAGUGAUGGAAGUGGACAAAUACGCGAUAAUGGAGCGCGUGGAGAUACACGCGCGUGAUAUGCGUGUACUCGACCCCUCGCUGUCGUAUCCCUCCGCCAUUCUUGCUCGCGGCACCGCCAUUGUUCUUAAUCUCCAACAUAUAAAGGCUAUAAUCACAGCUGAAGAAGUAAGCCUUUUCUCCACACUUAACUUCAUUCUUGAAGUUCCUCUGCAAGCCCAUGUAACUGUGUUGCUAGUUCAGGUGCUGCUUCGCGAUCCGACCGACGACGCCGUCGCGCCGGUGGUCGAGGUUCUUCGAGGGAGGCUAAAAGCGACGAUCGUAAAUCAUCGGGAAGAUAUCAAAGAUAGAGAUUCGGGCAUCGCAAACGAAGCUGAAGUCGCCGAAGAAGACGACUCUCCGUUCGAGUUCGUAGCCCUCGAGGUGGUUCUCGACGGCAUUUGUAGCUACCUUGUGGCGAGCAUGAUCGAACUCGAGGCUGAAGUGUACCCGGCUCUCGACAUUCUUACGACGAAGAUCAGCAGCCGGAAUUUGGAUCGGGUGCAUAGGUUGAAGAGUCGAAUGACAAGACUAACGGCUCAGGUACAAAAGGUGAGGGACGAGCUAGAACAACUAUUAAACGACGAUGACGACAUGUCGGACCUUUACCUGUCUAGAAAAUCGACUAGUACCUUGUCUAUAAGUGGCUCGGUUUCAUCUAGGCGAUUCAUUACCUCAUCUACUCAAGGAUCUAAGCUAUCGCGAGCUAGUCGAGUAAGUGUGGCCUCAGUUCACGGAGAAGAAAACGAGAUCGAAGAUCUCGAAACGCUACUCGAGGCUUAUUUCAUGCAAAUCGAUAGCACAUUCAACAAAUUAUCGACGCUACGGGAGUACAUAGACAACACCGAAGAUUACAUCAACAUUCAGCUCGAUAAUCACCGAAACCAGCUGAUUCAGUUAGAGCUGUUUCUCAACUCAGCGACUGUGUGCUUAUCGGUGUACUCGUUGGUGGCUGGAAUAUUCGGAAUGAACAUUCCGUUUACAUGGAACUAUAACCAUAGCCACAUGUUCAAAUGGGUGGUUAUCAUCACAAGCAUUUCUUGUGCAGCAAUGUUUGUAUUUAUAAUAUCCUAUGCUCGGCGCAAAGGGCUCAUCGGAUCUUGACUCGGAUAUCAACUAGGAAAAAAGGGCCUAUAGGAUCUUCGGUAAGAAAUCGACUAACAGUUCAACUCAAGCUAAAUGGUGGUUUAUUACUUUAUUUGUUCUUCGGGUAUUAGUAAUGUUAUUGAUUUCUUUUCUACCCUUACAACCUUUUGGUUUGGUUCAAAUGACUAUUUAGUUAAUGAAUUCCUUCUAUAUUAUACUGCUACUUUGUUCUAGAGACAUGUUCGACAUCGAAGAUUAUUUUCAAACAAUAAGUUCUUGUAAGUACUAAGCAACUUUCUGCACCCAAUUUUUCAGAAAAAAAGAAAAAAAUGAAUUGAAUAAAAGGGAACAAAGAAACAUGUCUAUAACUAACCAAAGAGAUAAGAUUUAGUAGCAAUUAGCAGGAGUAUAUUCUUCUCGAAAUUCAGAUCUCUCUAACUCUGCUCAUCUAGUGUUCGCAUCACUUUUCGAUUCAUCAAUUAUUUAUCUCAACAAAGAAAUAACAUUUAGUAGUAAUUCACAGGAUUCUAUUCUUCUCGAAAUUUAGAUCUCUCCAACUCUGCUAAUCUAGUGUUCACUUCAUUCUUGAAUUCAUUGAUUAUUAUCUCAACAAGAGCCAAUUUCUCAUAAGCUUCCGCUGAUUGCUUAGCUUCAAAUUCCUCAAUGUUUUCUGAGAAACUAUUCACCUAAACACGAUGAAGUUUCAGAGGAAUGUUGACUA